AUGGACAAUCCCCGUCGAGGAGAUCCCCCAGCGCAAUCGCAAUCGCCUCGCACCAGCAGCAGCAGCCUCAACUCCAGGUCAAGGUCGGCAUCAUAUGCCGGCUCCAACCACGACCGCAGCCAAGACGAUGCCUUGUCGGAUCCCAAAGCUGCCGAGAUUCUCGACGCCUGCAGAUGGAAAGACAUUGGCCGUCUGCGAUCCCUAGCUGAAGCCAGAGGUGGAUUCCUAUCGGAUGUCUUGCGUAGGCAAGCCUGGCCCAUCUUGCUCGGUCUCGAUGCCCCUUCUAGUUGCCAAGAGGAUCUAGCCUCGUCACAAGAUGCCUCUGCAGACUGGAAAGAAUUGCCUCGUCAUCGCGAUGAGGAUCAGGUUCAACUUGACGUCAACCGUUCUUUCAUUUAUUACCCAAACAGUAUGUAUCCACCUCUUACUAAUGCGGCGAUAGAUGUGUCUGAUGCAGAGUUGAGUCUGCACAAGUCAGAGCUAUCCUCCCUCAUCACCGAGGUUCUCCGUCGGUAUCCUUACUUGUGCUAUUUCCAAGGCUAUCACGAUAUCUCCCAGGUCUUGUUGCUGGUGCUGGCACCGCCAUGGAGGGCUCGUGUGCUUGCCCGCCUCUCCGUCCUGAGGAUACGUGACUUCAUGCUGCCGAAUCUAGGCCCAACAACCGCUCAACUCCGCCUUCUUCCCGACAUCCUUCACGCUGCCGAUCCAAAACUGCGACGACACCUCUCGGGGGUCGAGCCUUUCUAUGCCCUAGCAGGCACUCUGACCAUGUAUGCCCACAAUAUUGAGGGUUAUCGAGAUAUUGUCCGUCUGUUUGAUGUUUUCCUAGCUCGGGAACCCGUCUUCAGCGUAUACGUAUUUGCUCAAAUCAUCUUGGACCGCCGGCGAGAGAUCUUCGAGAUCGACGAGCCGGACAUGCUACACGUCAUCCUUGGCAAGGUUCCGUCCAAGAUGGACCUGGACGAGCUUGUGGUCAAGUCGGCACAGCUCUUUGAACGUCAUCCCCCGGAAACACUCCGGUACUGGAAGCAGAUAUCAGAUUCCAGUGCUCUCAAGACGGCCCGCGAUGUCGAGGCCUGUGCGAGGCAGACUAUGGAAGACGGUGAGGAGCUCUUUGAGGAGCAGCUCCGGGAGCUCCAAUGGGCGGAAAUGCAAGACCGUGUCAAGUCGGCACUGUGGUCUUACCGGCGCCCAGCAAAAGCUAUCGGUAUGGCUCUCAUGGUGGGUGCUUUGGCUAUUUACCUUCGCCGCAACCCCGCCAUUAUGCAUCAAACCGCGGCCUUCUUCUCUCGAUAA